AGUUCGAUUUCAGAAGCGGUACAGAAUAGAUCUGUGAAUUGUGUUUUUUUGGCGCAAAAAAAAAAGAAGAAUAUUUACCCAAGACUUGAGAGUGUUUCAAAGAAAUCGUGGAAAUCUUUUUAUUCUCGCGGGAAUUAUUUCCACACAAGUUCAAAAUACUCCAUUUGCCCAUUCAAUGGCAUCAAAAUUAAGACUUUAAGAGAUUAUUAAUAGUUUGUUAGUGUAAACUGAUAGUGCAUUGACGAAAAACCAUUUAAAAAUUCUGCCGUAUGUUGAUGUGUAGAAAAAAGAUCUUAAAAAAAAAAACUCGGAGUAACUGAAGAAAAGUACUAAGAGGUGAAUAAGUCAUACAUUGUACCUUGAGCACAAAAUCUACACGAAAUCAACCCAUCAGAAAAUUACGUGGUGUAUUUAAUUAAUAUCAACUUUCAAUGAUUAAUAUAAAUUAAUUAAUGUUGUAUAAGUGAAUUUUCACCAUGUUUGCUUAUUAGACCAAAGUUCAAGUGAGAUAAUACACCGAUAAUAAUUUCUAUGACAAAACAUUGAUUAUUGUGACUAAACAUAAGUGGUGUAUAAUUUAACUAUUAAAGGUGAGAGAGUGAUUUUUCUGACAGUUAAUCAAUGUGGAAAAACUGAAGAAAAAAAAAAGAAAUAGAAAAGAAAACCAGCACUUCAUAACUUAUUUAGCAAAGUAGCAGAAAAAUCAAGGGUGAAAGAAAAUAACCAACAGAAAGGGAGAACUCUGUAAAUUGGACAGCUGAUAACAAAAUCAAUUUUCACAAGUAUAUUCAUCAGGAUGACGAUAUUUAACUUAGAUAGAAGCACCGGGAGAGAUUUCUCAGAAAUAUUUAUGCGAAACAAGAUGAAAAGUUGAAUGUAUGAUGGAAAAGCAAACAAUCUACAGCAAUAUUCAAAAUCAAAUCAUGAGAUAAUGCUAUAGAUGAGAUAUUUCAAGAUACCCAGAUUGCAGUAUAUGUCAAAUCAUCUUGGUGCAAUAAAUUAAAGAGUAAAAGACCAACGAUAUAACGACGAGUGUACACCAAGAACCGACGAGUGAACAUUGUGCGCAAUUAUUAUUCAAUGAGAUACACAUCAUAAUUCAUCCUUCAUUCACAACAGCUUUCUCCAUCAUUGUCAUCCACUCUGGAGAACAGAAAUCCACCCAGUUUUCCGGAAUGCUACAUAUAUUGCAGAACAUGUAUAGGAAAAGGAACACGAUGGCGUAGGAUUAAUGUGAGACUCAUAAAUAAACAGGAAAGACAAUGUUACAGUGAAAAAUUUUAUAGAAAAAUUUCAACGACAAAAAUCCACUAUGAAAAUUAGGAUACGAAAUGUUACGCCAAGAAUGAGAAAAUGUAUGAAAAUGUUUUGUGUCUUUAAGAGCACCGUCCAUUAAAUUUUCCUCACCCCCCCAAAAAAGAAAAACCACCCAACUUUUCCCCGUUAUCAUAGAUCUAACCAAAGAUAGAAGUUGUUGACGGGUUGAAACCCAUUUUAUAUUUUUUGAAAAAGCAAAAAUAUGCGGUGAAAGCUGAGAAAAAUGUCAAGGUGGUAAAUAUUAAAAAAUAAAAAAAAUAAACGUGAAAUAGCACAGAGAUAUAAAGAGCAAUGAAGAACAGUGCAAAAGGAAAAAUAAACGGAAGAGAACGUCAUAAAUUUAUACAUUGGACUUGUGGUUGAAUAACUUCAUGGCUAAAUUAAUAUUUUCAUCAACAAUAGCCAGAAACGAUAAAAAAAUCGAGAGCUGCAUCUAUAAAAUAGAUAACCAUCGGUAAAUCAACGAUAUAUUGAAGUCAUUGAAGUAAGACCAUUUCCGUAUGAUAUUGCAAACUGUUGGUUAAAAUGCAAAAUAUAUAAAUUAACAGCCAAUUUGAAACACUGUGCCGUUUGUCAGUGACAUAAAAAUAAAUGUGAAUGGUAUCACGUAAUAAAAACAACGUAGGGUGGUACAGAACAGAAUUGCAAUAGAAAUUCUGGGUGAAAAAAAAAUAGGUAAAUACUUGGUGAGAGGGCAGGAAAGAAAAACGCGACUAGAUAUCCGGAUACAAUCGUAUUAUGCCAAGGUGCUGGUGCAAUAAAAAGAAACCUACGGGCUAUGUUUGUGAUGCUGUCAGUCCGUACAUCUACCGUUCGUGAACGGCAGGCCGAGACGGGCUCAAACGCACUUGAUACCACAAAAUACAGCAUCAAUAGCUGUAGCAACAAUAAAAACAGCAAUAGCAACAUAAUCAGCAGCACAAGUAACAUCAAAAACAAUAAUAUCCAGGAAUACCAAACGACAGCAAUCAAUAAUAUCCUCAAUAUCAAUAGCCAUCAAGUCUUAUUUGAAAAACAUCUCACAAAAUCAUUGUCAGUCACCCCACUUCAUAGGGACGACAUUAUCCUCAAGCCCAGUCUUACCCUACCAGAAAUUGGACCACCCACCACCAACACCACCAUUCAUCAGUCGAGAUCAAAUCUUGUACUGACAGAAUUGAACAACUACAAGCAAGCACAGGCGACCCAAGGGCCAGUGGCCACUAUAUUGAACGACCUCAGUCCCGUACCAGCACCAGCAAGAAUCAAGAAUAAAACGGGCAUCCAGUUGAGCCCUAUGACCCUCAAGGGGCUACAGACCAACACGCCGGACGCAAAGGCCAUGCGGUACUACAGACUGUGGAUCUACACAUGCAACGCAGUGCUCUUGAUGGCAGUUAUUGUAUUCUGUGGCGUUGCCGGAAAAGUCCUCUUAGCUGACUACAAGCGUCUCUUGGUGCAUGGCUUGAAUUUAGGACAACCAAGUUUUGUGUACGCUUACUUCGCUCUGUUGGUGCAAUCAGGUUUUCUACAAUUAGUUGGAUGCCUUGGUGCCUUACGACUUUCGGAGAAAUUACUAAACGCUUACUGGUUGCUUCUUCUCGUGUUACUAAUUGGAGAUGCCAUUCUGGGUAUAUUUUGGAUGUUCAAGUUUGAGAGAGUCAUGACUGAGUUGCAACCAAUGUUGAGUAAGCGCCUAGCCACAGAAUAUGGAAAUUCCCUGGAAUUUAGUGAUUUAUGGGAUCGUCUGCAGAAUGAUGGUCGCUGUUGCGGCGUUACUGGACCACAAGACUAUUCAACUACACCAAAUCGUUCAUAUCCUAUUUCCUGCUGCUCACCGGAUGUGUCAGAGCAGAUUACAGUUUCUCGACGUCCACUGGCAUCGCCGGUGGUCUUUCGUAGUGACGAGUUGACAACUUUAGGUAUUCUAUCACGAAAUAAUUAUACCGACAUGCCAGAAUCAACAUGGAGCCAUAUAGUGAGUGCAGCACGAGAGGAAAGCAAAUCAGUGGCCACUUGCAGAGCAGUUUACCAGCAGGGCUGCAUCGAUAAAGUAAUAUUGUGGCUGAAGAGUACAGCGGAUAUUCUAUUUGUGCUGGGCUAUUGUGUAAUCGCAUUCCUCAAAUUGUGCUUUUUGGGAAUUCUUCGGUACGAAAUCCGAGAGAUGAUACAAAAAAUCAAGCUGCUGCAGACCGAAAUGGCCACGGCUAUUCUAUGUGCUGAUGCCGAGACGACUCAUCUUCAACCACCCCAACCAUCGCAACCGCCACAGCAAAUAUCAUCCACCUCAAUUAAUGGUGGCAUUCAUGCAGAACCAAAGGUGGGAAAUCGUGAUCGUGAACGUACCCGAAUUGGCUCUGGGGAAAGUGAACGGGAGUCAUUGCUCGUUCACGACAAUACACCCAAAUAUAAUAUAAAACACAAACAAUUGUUUAUGUGUACAGAACAACAACAGCAGCAAGGUAUAGAUUCAGACACCAAUUCCGGCUGUGCCCUUAUCGUUGAGGACACAGGAGGCACUCAAGCAAAGACAAUAAAUGGAAAUAAUAAUUACGAAUUAAGCGAGUUUGAUAGCAAGACACCAACUUAUAGGCUACUCAAUGCGCCUACAGUAACUAAAAUCUGACUACGGUAUUAUUUGGAGCAGCUCUUCGGUGAUCAAUGGCGCAAAUCCUCAAUGCCAACAACAGUCGUUACAUCAAGAUGCUCCCGAAUCUCCAGACCCGGCCGUGGCAGAGAAAUACGAUUGUACCGGUCAACGGAGUCUGGUGAUAGAACUGACUGUGAUUGUGAAGAUAUUUAAAAACUCAAUGAAUGGUAUUAAAAGUGAGACUAGAGGACUUUAGAGACAACCCACAGAGAAAAAAGAACACGUAGUAAGUGAAACUGACCUAAAGGUUUCGAACAUAAAAUUAAUGCUUGGUUUUUUCAAACGGUUUAUUCCUUAAAUUGACUCUUUAUACGGAACGAAGCAAAUUAUUAAAAAAAACGUUAUUUACGAAAAAAAAUAUUUUUCAUGAAGGAAGCACUGUACUUUCUAUGCAAGCUCCGCCUUAAAAUAAUUUUAAGUCACGCCCCAUUUAGACAUUAUCUAAGUGAAAUUAAUUAAAUAUUUGAAGUUUAAGGAAUGGUACGAUUCGAGUAAAAGCGUGUCGAAGAAAAAUUUCCCGCAACGCUUGACAUUAAGUUAACCACAGUAGGCUUUGGAUUUUAUCUUUUUCUUUAGUGUCGUUUCAAGAGAAUUUAAUCCGCUUUCUUUUGGUGAAAUUUUUGUUAAAAAAUAUUAAUUUUUUGACUGAGUAAUUGCAAAAAGAUGGAAAGCAUGCAGAGAUUAAAAGUUGACAAUAAUCUCAAAAAUCUAAAUCCGAGUUAUGCUGAAAUCGCGUAAUAGACCGGGAAGUGUUCCGUUUCACUGUCCGGAAGAUUAUGAUUCGGUUCAAGGAACUCAAGACUGUUGCUCAGAAGCCAUGAGUAAGAGAGGCAGUGACCAAAACCUGGAAUGCAGGACAACAGGAUGGAAGAGAAAGUGAUUCAGCAGAUACAGAUUUACAAGAUGCAACCCAAUCUUUCCAUAUUAAACGUUGGCAAAAAGGUGGGAAUACGUUGAAGCCUGGUCCAUAUAAUCAAGAAGAGGAAUGGUUUGAUAGCCUAUAAAUCUCAGGCUGCUCCCCACCAGACCGACAAACGAUCAUCUUUUCAAAGAAUUCCAAGACUAUGGGAAAAAUAUUUAACCCAUCCUGCACUCCGGAAGAUUGAGGAAUUUUGAAGACAAAUGUCAGGAAGAAGGAUCAGUCGAAAACUUGCCGGAUUUCGAGACAAAGUGGAACAAAGCUCGUCUAGACCGUGGAGUCGGGUUUCUCAGGUCCUUAAUAAAGGGAAUUAAAGGCGCAAAAAUUCGGCGAGAAAGCAUUGGAUUAAAAAAAAACUAAAAAUCUAGAAAAAUCCUAAUCAAAAUACCUUUCAAAAAAUAUAUUUAUUUUUUUAAAUACUGUAGUUAACAUAUGUGAGCCUCUUUUCGAUGGGGAAAAUUUUUCUUUAACACGCCUGACCUCCAAUUCAAUCUUAGGUGGGCCACAAAGAUCCCGUUCAUUAAAAAUAGUUCUGGACCCCGAAUAAAACUUAUAAUUGUAUAAAAAUCUUAUUAAUCUAUUUUAAAUUUUUAUCUUCCCCAUCUUAAAAAAGGUUCCCUUGAAUCACUGAAAAUUGAAAGUUCUUUUGUGAUUGAAAGCAAUGUUGAAAUUAUGUAUAAAUUCUGCUAUCAAGACUUUAAUUGGAUAUCAAUCUACUACAUUCAAACAUGUACAAAUUUCCAGAGCGUUAUUAAUAUUGACAGCAUCAAUGUCAUGCAU